AUGCGACGUGCAGGGUGCACCUGUACCUUAACGGCUAACGUGCCGUGUGUUAGGCGGUCAACGAGCUGUGUAGCAGGUCAAACCGAGGCGGCCCACGGGUUCAAUAAUCCCAGACGCGUCUCACAAAAGAAAACCGCCAGACACGUCAUUGGGCCACAUCCGGCCGUCCACCACGUCGACAGGUUUACCCUCGCCGUCCGAUCCGCCAUUCGUGCUCAGAAGCGGUGUUCCGACACGCACGUCAUUACGCACCCGGAUUCUUCUAAUCCGGCCCCUAAGCUUCCACGCCAGCGCGGGAUGGCCGAGGAGCCCGCUCCCGCUCCCGUCGCCGCCGGCGCUGACGCCGUGCGCCGGCGUCCGAGGCGGCGGGCGGCAGUCGCGGGGGCCCUCCUCGUGGCGCUCCUCGCCGUGGCCGUCAGCUCCCGCAGCUUCCCGGCCAUUUCGCCCUACUCGCGCGGCGGAGGCUGCGGCUGCCCCGGCGCGAGGAAGUACACGGGGAUGGUGGAGGACUGCUGCUGCGACUACGAGACGGUGGACGCCAUCAACGAGGAGGUGCUCAACCCCAUCCUGCAGGACCUCGUCGCUCUCCCCUUCUUCAGAUACUUCAAGGCUAAAUUGUGGUGUGACUGCCCGUUUUGGCCUGAUGAUGGAAUGUGUCGGCUUAGGGACUGCAGUGUCUGUGAGUGCCCAGAUAAUGAAUUCCCCGAACCAUUCAAGAAGCCUUACAGUGGCCUUUCUCCAGAAAAUAUGAUAUGUCAAGAAGGAAAACCAGAGGCCACUGUUGAUAGAACCCUUGACACCAAAGUUUUCAAGGGAUGGGUCGAAACAGAUAAUCCAUGGACAGCUGAUGAUGAGACGGAUAAUGCUGAGAUGACUUAUGUGAAUCUUCAACUAAAUCCUGAACGGUACACUGGUUAUACUGGUGAUUCAGCUAGAAGAAUAUGGGACUCUAUCUACAAAGAAAAUUGCCCAAGAUAUCCUUCAGAAGAUAUGUGCCAGGAGAAGAAGGCAUUGUACAAGCUAAUUUCGGGAUUGCACUCCUCAAUUUCUGUACACAUUGCAUCUGGUUAUCUUCUCGAUGAAUCUGCUAACGAAUGGGGACAUAAUCUUACUUUGUUGCAUGACCGUGUUCUGAAGUAUCCUGAGCGUGUCCAGAACCUGUACUUCACAUACCUGUUUGUACUUCGGGCAGUGACAAAGGCAGCAGAUUACCUUGAACAGGCUGAGUACAACACUGGCAAUCCUGUAGAGGACUUGAAAACACAAUCUUUAGUGAAGCAACUGCUUUAUAAUCAGAAGUUAAGAUCUGCAUGCCCAUUACCUUUUGAUGAAGCGAAACUCUGGCAAGGUGAAAAUGGUCCCGAGCUAAAGCAGGAGAUUCAGAAGCAAUUUAGAAAUAUUAGUGCAAUUAUGGACUGUGUUGGAUGUGAGAAGUGCCGAUUAUGGGGAAAGCUCCAAGUUCUUGGUCUUGGAACUGCACUGAAGAUUUUGUUCUCUGUGGAUGGAGAGAACCAUUUGAAUCAACAGUUCCAACUGCAGCGAAAUGAGGUCAUUGCACUGGUAAAUCUUCUGAAUAGACUGUCAGAAUCUGUGAAAUUUGUACAUGAAAAAGGAUCUUCUACGGAGGAAAUCAUGAAACAGCAUAGCUCUUCAACUUGGCUGAAAGGUGCUUCCAAACUAAAUCUAAAACUGUAUUCUGCUAAAAAGUAAGAGGGCUAGUUGUAUUUACACCUCCUUUUCUCCAUACUGGGAAAGUAGUGUACAUGAAGGGAGCAGCUUCCUAGAACAUUUUGCAGAUCCUAGACAGAAGAUAUACAGAAAGCUUCGGAAGCUAAACAAUGACAAGUUCAGUGGGGCAUCCUUUUCGAAUUUUGUAUAGUGUAUUUGGCAAUCCUCUGUUGUCCCAGAUUUUACCUUUCUCAAAUGAAAUUACCCUUGGCAACUAGAGAAGCUAACAUGCAUUUGCUCUUUACUGUGUUUGACUGAUCA